AUGACGCGGUGCUCCAGGGACGCCAUUAGCCUGAAGAGUUCAGUUUACAACCAGACAGGCCAGAGCUACACGAACCAGGUGUCGUUGCACCGGCGCAUGUGCAUGCACUUCCGGCGCGUGAUAAAGGCGAAAUGCGUGGUUGACGCGCGCAAUCCGAGGUUCACGCGGGUUCUGCAGAAACGCGCCGGUGGCUCGUGCGCCGCGAGAUUGAGGUUCUCCGAAGACUGUUGCUGCCAAUGCCCCUCCGAAGACACCAUCGACAGGCUGGCUUACGACACCCACCACCAUCCUUCCGAAGUAAUCCGAGCAGUUUGCCGCAGCAAAAGUACUUCCAAGGAGCGCGGGGGUAGCGAGUGUGAGCGGUGUUGUCAGCAGGUGUGCCCAUGCGGCUCGGCAAAGCUAGGGUUCGACUGUUGCGGGGGCGCAGGGGUCAAGGGUCGCCUUAGCAGGCCCCGGAGUCGCCUCGAUCGAUCUUGCACCGAGUACUCGCCACAGCAGUGUUUCCGGUACAGGAAGUCCAACAGCUGCACGAGAAACGGGGACGCCGUUGGCCGUUCACCCAGUCGGCAGCGCUGCCCGGGCCCACUGCGUAGGUCAUCCAGCUUCGAGGACGCGGCGGACACUUUUCGGGACUUGGCCGAGCGCAAGAGCGACGAGGUGCGCUACGCCAAGUUCAUCUACGACCUCACGCAAGAAAUCGUCCGCAAAGGCCUAUACACCGACCGGGAGCUCAACGAGGUUUUCCAGAAACACCUCGACAACAACUCGCAAAGUCUCAACAAGCGAAAGAUGCUCUAUGAAAUUUACCAAUUGAAAAUCUCGCUGGGCAUGUCCGACGACACGGAGGACGAGGAGGAGGACGAAUUAGAGGCCGAUCUGGUUUACGCGGAGAGAUUCUCAAAGCUGCGGGUCCCGAAGCCACCGACGCCCCCAAAGGUCCUCAACGAGAACAAGGUCAUCGAGAGACUCGAGACGUACGGUGGCCAACAGCAGCACAGAAACGAGACUAGCGGCAGUGGGACCUCGUCACCGGCUGGCUGUACCAGAAACGUCGUACUGGUGGAUCCCAAUCCCGAGCUACUUGUCACGGAAACCGACGUACUUACCACCCUCGCCGACGAGUGCGUUGAUCCCGAACAGAUACAGAGGAUCUAUCAAAACCUCUGCAGGAGGAGCAAGGACGCUGCCGCGCUUUCUAAGCCUCCGGAUGGGUAA